UUCAGGUCUUGAAGUUCAUCAGACACUUGUUCAUUGUGAGUUGCUGGACAAUGGGAAGACAGGACAAAUCGUGGCUAAGGGUGCUACUGGAGGAUCCACAAUUAACAAUAUGAAUUUGGUUACUACUCAUUUGCCAUGGAAACUCUGAAAGGUUAUCUUCAAACAAGGGGGAAACAAGUGGAAAGGAUAGUGAAACCCAGAGUCAGAAUCAUCCAGAAAGGAAACACACAUUCUAGAGGGUCUAGUGUGAGUUGUCUGGCGACAGGAUUUUACCCUCGUCACAUCAACCUGACCCUGUUUAGAGAUGGGCAGCCUGUAUCUGAUCAUGAGGUCACUGGAGGAGAGCUGCUGCCCAAUGGUGAUGGGACGUACCAGAUGAGGAAAAGUCUGGAGAUCAGUACAGAGGAACAGAGAGAGAAGUACAAUUACACCUGCUCUGCUACACACAUCAGUCUGGAAAACAAACUGGAUGUCUAUUUAGAGUAUCCAGGGGAAACAUUUGAGCUAGUAACUUCCUCAGUGAUAGCGGUUAUAACAUUGGGGUUAGUAUUAUUGACUUUGGCUGCCAUUGUAUGGAUAAUUAUAUGGCGGAAAAGGCAGCAUUCAGCCUCCUCUACAUGCACCUACACUGCUUCUACAACUGAAUACAAUGUGGAUUUAACAUCAUGAUGUUUUUGAGCCAUUUUGACCAUUGUGGAGCCACUCAUCUGAUGCAUAUACGUAUGCCAUGCAAUUGAUCACAGUUAAAAUAUACAGGAAAAACUUCUAAUAUAUUAUGAACUAAAUUUUUACAAUGUAUAUUUUGCUUGCAAAAAAUAAAUAAAAUAAAAAUAUUUUGCCAGAAUACACUACUUUUGAAUGGCCGUCAAUAGAGAAAGCUUUUUUGUCCAAUCUACCAGUCUGGCUACCUGUUUAGUACCUUUACAAAUAUAUACCUAGGCUUGUAGUCUUUUAUCACUUUUGUUCAUUGCCUUUUGUUUGUGUCUGCUACCAGACAUCUUUGAGACUGUAUUU